GACCUUGACGUCACCAGAUAGUCCCGCCCCUCAUUGUCAGUCCCGGGAGCCGGAGGAGGCGCCGGCUGUGGAGAGCUGAGCGCCGGAGCCCGUGGCGGGCGGGAGCGCGGGCCAGAGCCGCUGAGACAGACAGCACAUACAGGCAGAACCAGCACCAUUACCACCAACAGUAACAGCACAGCCCCAGAAGAGAUGCCUCAGGGAAGUGACGUGGCGAGAUCUGUCAGGGUGGAAAGGCUCUGAAGAGGCAGCGCUGAAGAGUUUGAGGAUGUUUACAGUUAUCCUUUGUUUCUGGGGACAGAGGACCAGUGCUCCGAGGAUGCAAGAAGUCAAGAGGCAGCUGCCAUUGCAAGAUAGUGAGUGACUGUUUCCACGACAGCAAGCAUCAGGGGAGCAGCCAGAAGCAUUGACGGGAAACUUCAAUCACCUAAAUGGUCAUCUGGAAAGGUCUCUGAUGAGGUGAUACUUUAAGCCAAGAUCUGAAAGAUGUGAGAAACACACCCAAGGAGUCACCUGGGAGAAGAGCAUUCCAGGCAGAGGGAACAGCAGAUCUAGAAGCCCUGAGACACAAGCGUGACUGUUGCUGUCCCAGGACCAGCAGGGCUGCCCGUGUGCUGGAGAGGAGCAGCGGGGGAAGCGCAGAGGGGACCGGAGCGGAGCAGAGCCGGCCGCAGCUCACCGAGGGCCCGAGAGCUGGGACUGAGAAUGGUCUCCAACUGCCAAAGAAGGUUGUGGAUGCCAAGAGAAAGGUAACCGUUUCUCAUCCCCUCGAGUGGAAUUGGUUGCCUCUGGGAGCCCACAUUGGCUGGCAGUAGACAUGGCUGAGUUUACAAGCUACAAAGACACUGCUUCCAGCCGCCACCUGCGGUUCAAGUUACAGAGUCUAAGCCGCCGCCUUGAUGAGUUGGAGGAAGCCACAAAAAACCUCCAGAAAGCAGAGGAUGAGCUCCUGGACCUCCAGGACAAGGUGAUUCAGGCAGAAGGCAGCAACUCCAGCAUGUUAGCCGAGAUUGAAGUGCUGCGCCAGCGAGUGCUGAGGAUUGAAGGCAAAGAUGAGGAAAUCAAGAGAGCAGAGGACCUCUGUCAGCUGAUGAAGGAGAAGCUUGAAGAGGAGGAAAACCUCACCCGGGAGCUGAAAUCUGAGAUUGAGCGGCUUCAGAAACGGAUGGCGGAACUGGAGAAGCUAGAGGAGGCCUUCAGCAGGAGUAAGAAUGACUGCACCCAGCUCUGUCUGAGCCUGAAUGAGGAGAGAAACCUGACGAAGAAGAUCUCCUCGGAGCUGGAGAUGCUCCGGGUCAAAGUGAAAGAACUGGAGUCUUCCGAGGACCGGCUGGAUAAGACCGAGCAGGGUUUAGUGUCCGAGUUAGAGAAGCUGAAGUCACUCACUCUGAGCUUCGUCAGCGAGAGGAAACACUGGAAUGAAAAGGAGAAGGAAAACGAGAAACUCAUAAGAGAGCUUACUCAGAAAUUAGAGCAGAACAAAAAAAUAAACCGGGAUUACGCCAGGAAUGCUUCUAAUCUUCUGGAGAGGAACGACCUGCGGAUUGAAGAUGGGAUCUCUUCCACACUGCCGUCCAAAGAAUCAAGAAGGAAGGGCGCUCUGGACUACCUGAAGCAGGCCGAGAAUGAAACAAGAAACAAGUCAGAAAAUGAAAAGAACCGAAAUCAGGAAGACAACAAAGUAAAAGACCUUAACCAAGAGAUUGAGAAACUUAAGACACAGAUCAAACAUUUUGAAUCUUUGGAGGAAGAGCUUAAGAAAAUGAGGGCCAAAAAUAAUGAUCUUCAGGAUAAUUACCUAAGUGAACAAAAUAAAAACAAACUCUUAGCCAGCCAGCUGGAGGAGAUAAAGCUACAAAUCAAGAAACAGAAAGAAUUAGAGAACGGGGAGGUGGAAGGGGAAGACGCUUUCCUCUCCAGCAGAGGCAGGCAUGAGAGGACUAAGCUUAGAGGCCAUGGGAAUGAGGCAUCAAUGAAGCACACGGCCCGGGAACUGUCCCCUCAGCAUAAGCGGGAAAGGCACCGGAACAGGGAAUUGGCUCUCAACAAUGAAAACCCUCUGAACAACAGGCAGGUUUCCUCUCCCAGCUUUACCAGCAGGAGGGCAGCCAAAGCUUCCCACGCAGGGCCAGGUGCAGACAGUGGGGCUCAGGAGACGAGGAGAGCCGAAGAUCGAUUCACGUCUGGCUCCUCGCAGAGCGAAGGGAAGAAGUCCAGGGAGCAGCCGUCGGUGCUCAGCCGCUACCCGCCGGCCGCUCAGGAGCACAAUAAGGGCUGGAAGGGCGCUCCCAAGCCAGGUGCUGAGAGUGGGUUGAAGGGAAAAGUAGAGAAGGCAACACGAACGUUUAGUGAUAACACCCAUGGAUCUGUUUCCAAUGACGUGCUGGGGAGAGGUGACAAGGCUUCCGACACCUCCACUGAGGCCCCCUUUGGCAAGAGGGGGCAUGUGCCUGGCAGUGGGAGUCAAACAACGCCGGCUGCAGAUUCUGGCAGCUCUAAAGCCGUUGGAGCCCUGGCCACAUCGCGACGAUCUUCCUCAGAAGGGCUCUCUAAGGGGAAAAAGGCGGCCAGUGGCCUGGAGGCUGACACCAGUUUCCCCAGUUCCAAGACUCCACCUCUAUCAAAGUAUCCGUAUAGCUCCAGGAGCCAAGAGAACAUCCUUCAGGGCUUUUCAACCUCAAGUAAAGAAGGAGUUGAACAACCUGUGGCAGUUGUGAUGGAAGACAGUAGUCAGCAUGAGGCCCUGAGGUGUCGAGUCACCAAGUCCAGUGGCAGAGAGAAGCCAGACUCGGACGAUGACAUGGACGUGGUGUCUCUUGUUACUGCCAAGUUGGUGAACACGACCAUCACUCCAGAGCCAGAACCCCCGCAGCAGCCCCACGCGAGAGAAAAGGCCAAAUCCCGGGGGGUUAGAGCCUCCCUGUUUGAGAAUGAUAAAGACGUGGGAACAGAAAAUGAAUCUGGGAAAGCUGUCAGAGCCUCCACCAAUGCCAUGGAGCUCCCAGAGGCCAACGGCCCCGGGGCAAAAAGCCAGCGGCCCUUCAGCCCCAGAGAGGCCUUGCGGUCUAGAGCCAUCAUCAAACCUGUCAUCAUUGAUAAGGAUGUGAAAAAAAUCAUGGGAGGAUCUGGAACUGAGGCCGCAUUGGAAAAACAGAAAUCUGCUUCCAGACCAGGGCCAAACAAAGUGACCAGCAGCAUAACUAUCUACCCCUCGGACAGUGGAAGCCCGCGAGCCGCUCCGGGUGAGGCCCCGCGGGAGAGGCACACGUCCACCGGCAACAUCCAGGUGGGGCUGCCGGAGCCCGCCUCAGUGAGCAACCACGUCAGCGCCCCCUUUGAGCUCUCCAUCCACAAACACGACAUCACCCUGCAGUUCAGCGAAGCGGAGAGAACGGGAGAUGGGUCCCCGAAGAACAGGCCGGAAACUGUGGUCUCUCGGAGCAGCAUUAUAAUCAAGCCGUCGGACCCCGUGGAGAGGAGCAGCCACGCGCCCACAGCGGAGACGAUCAGGUGGAAGAGCCACAGUGCGCCUUCAGAAGCGGGCGCUUCGGAUGCCAGACACGUCACUGUGCGCAACGCCUGGAAGAGCAGACGAGACGUGAACUCUUCAGAAGACUCCCCAGGUCGGGUAGGUAAACACGCGGAGUCUCCCAACCUCCACACCCAGAGAUCGUCCACAGACUGUUCAGACUUUGAGCAGCCCGGCUCGUACCUUUCUGAGCAGGGCACUCGAAGGAGCGGCACCUCUGGGGAUGCCCCCGAGCUCGCCUGCAGAAGGACCCACAGCAGCCUCACUGUGUCGGAGGUGUUCGCGCGGCGGAGUCGGGCAGGGGACGCCGUCCCAGCUGAGGCCUGGAACCACUCGGUGAGCAUGGAGGAAGGGGACGACUGCACCCUCAGCGUCUACAGGCGACUGCACAACUCCCUCGAGAGGUCUGAACUGUCCGUGAAGCAGGGGCCGACGGAGCCCGGGCGCACGCGGGCUGAGGAGCGGUUGCGGCCCACCAGGCCCUGUGCCGAGGACAACUGAGCCGGCCGGGCGACGCCUGCCGUCUUCUCUGCCCCUGCUUCUCAGCUCAUCCACCUUUGUGCCCUGUGAAGGAGCCAGGCCAUGGCUGGGAGACUGUGCCGGAGAGCCCGGCUGUGGCCUGUUGCUUGCCAGUUGGCCAGAGGGGAUCAGAAACUACACGUGGGACAUGGUCACCCGGGCCCAGCCUUCCCUGAUGCAUGAGUUUUCUCUCCUUGUCCCUGUGCCCCGGGUAGGAUGGGCCAGUCCGGCCCCCAAAUGAGGAAAGAUCUAGAGAACCCCUUGGAUCCCCACCACCCAACAGCAGCCAAAUCUCCUCCCAGCUCCUGGGUGGGUUGUGUCGUUGGGCAACCCCUUCUGUGUGGUUAACGUUCUGAUUCCUUAGUAUCCUCACCGCAUCCAGCUCACUCAUCAUUUGCCCAAGGGGCCUGCGCACCCACCAGCCAUCAGCUCCAUCUGGGGGGGCCUCCGUUUCUUCCCCGGUGGAGCUCCUCAGACUUUUACAGUGAGAGAGAUCUGUGUCGCCUCUAAGCGUUUACGGAACUACCCUUUAGGUUGACGUCUCUCUGACUUGUCCCCCUGGCUGACCAUUGUUUUCCGGGGGCAGAGCACACGGGUACCCUGCCUACUGGAAUGGCAUCAUCCCUCCCCGCCAACCCCGGCUCUCUGCUCACCUUCCAAAGGCACCUGGAAGCGCACGAGCCUCACGCGUCUCCCUCCCUGGCCGCCAACUGUGCUGCUGGCCUGGCCUGCACCUCCCCUGCAGCUGCUGCGUUAUCUCCUCCUCUGGAAUAUUCCCAGACUCCACUGGGCCAGACCCAGCAUCCUCUACCUUCUAGGAAGUGCCAGCGUGGGGGAAAGUGGACAGGAAGAAGCAGUUUCCCUUUAGUCACUCCAUAAAGCAAUAGCUCCAUGAAAAAGGCGUGGACUCUGUUCAUCCUCCUGAUCCCUGUGGAGGAGGUAUCGCACUUUACCAAGUUGAUGCAUUCCUACCAGAAGCGGGCCCAUGAGUUCUGCAAACCAACGAUCGUUGUGAUGACUUCAUUGGAGGAAAGGUAAUACGUGCCCAUCAAGAGCCCCAGGUUUAUACAAUUCAGAAUGCAGCAAACCUUUCAGGAAGCCACAUAAAUAAAAAUUGAUUACAGUUUCCUUAUACCAAUCCCGUGGGGAAGAACCAUAUAUUCUUCGCACUGCUUUUUCUAUAGCAUUCUCUCAGUUCAAAGGGAUCCCUUUUCAAAGGCUGCCUUUAUGAAGCCAACACUGUUCCUUCAUAAUGACAGAUGGCAUUGGAGUCAAGGUUGAGAAAGCUGAAUUUUCUUCAUGGCUUUACACUUCCCUCCUGUGUGACCUUGGGCAAAUCAUUGUCCUCUUGGGGCCUCAGUUUCCUUAUCUAUAAAAUUAGUUCUUUAAAAUGGUCUCUGAGGGUCGUAAACCUGGCAUUUUAAGUUUUGUUUCCACCCUGUAGGGGGGGUAAUUCUCACUGUUGGAAGCUAUUAACCAAAUGGGUUUACAUGUGUCCUUCCCACUGCCUUUGUUUUUCUGGGCCUUAUUCUUUCCAGUUUCCUGUGUUUUAAUGUCGAGAGGAUGAACUCAGAGAAGUUACCUUGGCCUGCUUUCCCAGUCUGUGAAACGGAAGGGCUGGGUGAGGUGGUCUCUGUGGCCCUUCUCAACACCAGCCUUGCCCAGGGCCGCGCAGCAGGCCACGGACUCCCACCCAGUGCUCCUCGCGUCUUCUCUGCCCCCACUCGGGGUGGGGACCAGCACUCGCCCCUCCCUCGUUGGCGCCAGGCCUGGCAGACCUGGAGGGGGCGUGGGGAGCACCUCCCUGACUUUGACGGACAGGAGUGUUUUGCUCAUACUCCCAUUUCCCGGAGUUUUGCCAAUCUAAGGGUUGUAAUGUGGUUUGCCUUUUCUCCUCAUUGCUGCCUCAGAUGCUCAAGAUGCUGUUUUCAGAAUCUCUUCCUGCUGCUUUUCCUGGCUCAAGGCUGCAACCCCUCACUUGUAGCCUCCCUGCCAUUCUUCACUGGUCAGCAACCCUUCAAGUCCAGAGGAAAUCAGACCUGUGUGGUCAUCAACUGAGACUGUAGGAAGUUGGGUCUGUGGCUCUUUGCGGGUGGAAACAGGCGCCAGACGUGCCUGCAGAGGUCUCGCCAGUCAUUCUUCUCUCUGGGCGUUUGGAGCCCUGGAUUCUGGUGCUGUAUACAGCUCCUGGUGCCAAAGUCUGGAUCUUUCCCCAGCUCAGCGGCACCAGCGUCUGCCACCGCCCAGAAUGCUCUGUGGGAGAGGGACGGCUGUGGGGCCCUCUUGCUGGGGCUGCUGACUUAAACUCUGAGUGCAAUAGGGUUUGAUUGUACAAUUAUUUCAGGAUAAAUAUUGUUUCCUUAUUCUGCACACUUUCUAGAGCCCGCUGUAAAAUAGAUUUUAUUUUUAAACGUCCUCACCAUUGCAGAAAAUACUAUUUGUAAUAGCAAGUGAAGGCUAGAGACGCAGUUCCUCGGGCUUCAAAUGGCUGGCAAGGCUGGCUCUCAAAAUUCCAAAGUUGGAAGGCCCGUUUCCGAAAAGCAAUCUAGGCGUGACUGUCUGGCCCCGGACCUCACCAUCAGAGGUCCUGGAGGAAACUUCCAAAUGGGAGACCUAGUAGUUGAAUAAUUGUCUUAUCAAGCCAAAUAUUCCCACUGUCGCAGCCAACACACCCACUUUUUACGACCAGCCUCUUCCACAGCCUGGCUCUGACUCGGACUUUUCCUGGCAGGUGUGUGGCUGUGGGAGGCUCCUAGGAGGGUCGGGGAAUCUGGCACUCCAAGAGCUGCUCGGCUGGAGGAAGGGGUGCUGGAGGCAGAGCUGGCUACACGCGAGGAGCUGGUCUCCGCCACCUGCUGCCGCCUGCCUCACCACCCGUGACACUCGGAACAGUCAGAGAAAGGAAGGACGGGGAUGGUGGGCAGGGAAACCGUAGCUGUCCUGCUCUUGUGAGGCGAGGAAACAGUUACGGGUGGCGGACGGGCUGCAGUGGGCCAAGGACCCCAACCUCAGCCACAGGCGAGCUUGCACAUAACUCCUCACCCUCUCAUGGGGGUGGGGGCGUCUGUACUGAUCUUGGACUUGUCUCGGGGCAGUUUUACUUCUUUACAUUCAGUGGGUUAGUGCCAAGUGCUCCCACUUCCCAGGAAAGGACUGGUGACCCCAUCUCUGGGUCCCCAGCUGCCUUUGUUGGUGUGGGCUUAUUGUUACUCUGACAAGACUGCUUUGGAAGAGCUGCUUUUAGGGAUUCCCUUUAAAUACCCCAGGUUGGGAACAGGGUUCUCACAGCCUCACAGCCAAGAUCAUAGGAAAGGGGCCCUAUUUUCCUGCUGCUUCACAGCUCAGAACAUGUACUGAAUGGAAUGUAUUUUUAAGAGAAUAAAGUCUAUUUUUUCUUUUUUUUGUAUUUUAAAGAUUGGGAGGGCCAGGGAAGUAGCCCUCAAAUAAACUGUUAUUACCUAAUAGGCCCCCUGGCUGGGGACGCAUCAGUGUGUUGGUCUCCACCCACUCGCUCAGGCGGGUCCUCUGGCCGCUCCCGUGCCCCUUGGAGGCUGGGUGCAGCAGCUUCUUUUACAUUCCUGCUCCAAGCACGGGACCAAGGAGGCCAGACCCUGUCGCUGGAAACCAGGGCAAAGCCGUGAGCAGUGACUCAGGGCUCCUGGGGUGCAUGUGUAUAGUUGAAGCUGCCUGUCUGCAUGUAUCCUCUGGCUCUAAUGCGGUCUGUUGGCUCUGCAGCACAAUAUGUAACCAAUAAAGCUCCCUAGUUUCCACA